AUGGUCUUAUUAUUAUUGAUUGCGCUUUUAUUUACAUCGGUUGAGCCAGCAAAUGCAAAUCAGCUCGAUAUCAGUGAAGAACAGGCACCGCUGUUAUUAAAAAAUGCCCUUCAUCUGACUGCUGAUCAAAAUAGCAUUUCGUUCCCAUCGUACAGACCAUACAGUAUCUUUGGUGAACAGUUAUCUCAUAUAUCUGAAGAAGAUGCCAGUCAACUGGAUAGAAUGUUUACGAACACCGAAGAUUCAUUAAGACAUGUUGAUAGUUACGAUAGCACCCCUUCCUUUUACAGCGGAUUACAUCAUCAUUACUCUUCCAGAAAUAACAAUAACGACGAAGAACAUCAUUUAUCAAUGACAAUUAUACCAACCGUACCAUCAAAUGCGUUAGCUUUAUUACCAUUACCUACACCAACAGAUCCAUUAGUGGCUUUUUUUCCUUGGAUGAGACCAGAGCAAGAUAAUUUACAGGAUGACUUACUUGUCCAUCCCUACUAUGGCUACAAUAAUCAUCAAAAUAAUGCAAUGGCAAAAAUCAAUAACUGGAAAACUCAGACACUCUCUCUCACAUUACUGUUAUUGGGCAUUGGUUACACAUUAUUGAAUACAUUUUUAUUCAUUUAUGUCUAUACCAUACUCCAAGUAUCUAUUUACAUGAUUGCCUGUCUAGUCAUGGUACAUGCAACGGCUGAAAUGAUUGUGUCAUAUACUAUUGAAAAGUGGUUUAUUCAUAGAUUGAACUUGACUCUCAUCACAACAUCCGUACAUAUUAUUUUAAUCUUAUGUGCAAUACUAUAUCCAUGUUUGAAACCUGAUAGUGCCACAACACAUGUCUUUUUACUCGUGUUACAGGCAUUACAAGCUGUUGGAUUCCAAUUGAUUUGGCUAAGUGGUGCUGAUCAAGUUAAUUUGAUCAUGUGGAGUCAAUACGAUCGAAUGAAGCACAGAUCAACUAUAUCCGCUUUAUAUAGCAGUAUCGGGCCUGCGAUUGGAGCUCUUGCUGCUGGUUAUAUCUUGCAAUCCAGCACAAGUGACAUGGAAGACUUUGCGCUUAUCUACAAAAUUUGUGUUGCAUUGUUUUCUCUCAGCUUUGUUGUAUCUUGGGGCUGGACAUCUGACGAUUAA